CAAGCUUUAAUACUUAAAGUCCACAAGCAGAAGUAGCAAUGCUAGCUGAUAUAUCAAUUAUCACACGCAUGGCGCACUUGCCCUGUGUGCUGUGUUUCCAGUAUGUGCUUCCAAACAUGAGCAGUAUGGGACAUGUUAUGUUUACCUUUUUAUUUUUUUAUCACAUUUGAAGGGUUCAUCACUCCAUCGACUAUGCCGAUGUCAGUCAGUGGAAAAUUCGAAAUUUCUGUGAACUCUCACUUUAGGUGGUUACAUUUUCCAAAACAUCACCUUGACAAUGAAUGAACUUAAAUAACCAUGCUCCCCGUUGUGAGCAGAGAAUAGCCUUCAGUUUUAUAACAUGGCUGCAACGGACUGGGGUCUUCAGCUCGCAUGGGGACUCUCCAGACUCCAACACGACUGCAGGCCAGUACAUACGCAGCACAGUGGUGUCAGUCAUCACUGAGCUCUUGUAUUGGUCUGGGGACGUGACUUUGAGUGUGUUGUGUCUCCACGGCCCCACGCUGAGCUGCCUUUCCAUACUGGGAGGGGAGGCGCUCGAACCGGUGCAGAGCGCACCGUCACCAGCUGCUUUCACCGCGUCGGCUGCGCGUCUGACAGGACACCAUGGGACUGGAGAGGGAGAAAUCGGACACUAGUAUCAUUAUGGAUGAAGAUGAGUUCAACAGAUCGAUUGAGCCCAUUCUGUCGAAGAAGGGGAAAGUGUACGCAGCGGAGCCGGACCGAGAUCCAAACGAUGUCAACGCGUACUUGAAGGUCGGGUUUGAAGAUGUCGUCGCUGAGCCGGUGUCCACGCACAGCUUCGACAAAGUGUGGAUCGGAAGCCACGCUGCGUUCGAGCUGGUCAAAUUCAUCAUUUACCGCCUGCUGACCACCCUGCUGGCCGUGCCCAUAGCGUUCAUCCUCGGGCUGGUGUUCGCGGUGCACAGCUGCAUCCACAUCUGGUUGGUGAUGCCUGUGAUCCAGAGCUGCCUGAUGCUCCUACCGUCCAUCCAGAUCGUGUGGAGGAGUCUGACAGACAUGUUCAUCACACCGCUCUUCCACAGCAUGGGCAAGAGCCUGUCCUCCAUUCAAGUCCAAACCAUCGAGAACUGAUGCAGACAGGAGGAUGAAGUGCAGGAGUGAAUAAUCCAAGUGGUAUGAGUUCUUAUAAAGUCAAAAAUGAAGAUGCCUGUAAACAAGUGUAACUACUGUAGAUGGAUAUAGUGUCAACAAGAUUUAAUCUGUCAAAUCUAUUCAGUACACACAAUCUUGAUUUCAUAGUCUCCCUGCAGGUCAUGUGCAGCGGGGGGAACCAUAUGUUUAACAAAUAAUUUAGACUUUAUAAGUAUCUCAAGCUCACCCCCCAAAGCUGAGUUGUUUUGUUGAUUGUGACCAAAAGAAAUUGUUGUCAUUCCCUUAUUUUGUGGCUGAGAGAGGAGUGUAUUAUUGUUCAAGCUAACACACUGCUGCCUCGCUACGAGAUGUCAUAUUUCUGCCUUUUACAUGUAUAUAUUGCAAAGAGUUUAGCUAGAAGUUGAAUGUAAUGAUGUGAAUAAUAUUAAAUGCUGAGACGCAGCUUGAUGCACAUUCACAGGCUUAUUUUAUCUGCUGUGUUGAUCUAACACUGCUUUCUUAAGGACGUAUGUUAGCCUAUAAGCUAUAUGCAGUAGAGUUGUUUUAAUAUGGAUCUAUGUAAAUUUCUCAGAAGGGUGGUUUUCUAAUUUAUUAUUUAUGCAAUCACCAAUUCUUGAUCUGCAAACAUUUGGUGGAGCCUGACACCAAAGAAGUUGAAGAUCUCAGACUCUGAUACAUGCAUGUUACAUUUAGAGGUGCUUUUCCGAUUGCUACAGAGCUGCGACUACUGGGGCUGGGCUGAGAACCCUACUUCUACAGCCAGAAGCACAUUAAAGCUUGGGUUGGAAAUUCUGGAAAAGCUAGGAAGAGCAGACUACACUUUGACAAAAUAGAACUGAUAUGUCCCACCCACUCCCAUCUGCCCUCUGGUCAAUGCUCAGUCACGAACGUUCACUAACAACUGAUAGAAAACUGCUUUUAUAUGACUUGCUUGCUCACUUCUGACUGUCGUCUCAGGCAGGUUGGUUUGUUAGAGACAGGAACACAAGCCACUCAUUUCAUUUAGUGAGAAUGAAAUGAUUGGCUGUGUUUAUUACAGUCCUGGGAGCCAUUGAUGGCUCUCGGGAUGUGAAAAGGAUUUCCACAAAUACGAUAAAAAGUGUUUCUGAAACUAAUUGCCAACCCUACCUUUAAGCAGCUACAUAAUCUUAUUUUAUCCUCUUUUUUUCUAUGGAUUUGAUAAGGUUGUGUACAAGCAUGCACAGUUCACUGGCUCUGAGCUGUACAAGAUGAAAUUUAGAAGAUGAUCGAUAGAGCAGUGUCUGUUGUGUGCUGAUGCUGAAUUGUGAGAGAUUUCAACUUUUGGUGUGUGAACACACCUCUAAUAAACAGAUAUUUUUUGUAAGACCA